AUGUCAUACCUCACCCGGUCAUCAGCUUCUCUGCGGACUGCUGGAAGAGCUGUUUGUGUUAGGUCAAGUGCAGCCAUCCACACCUCGUCAGCACGCCUGGCGUUGAGUGAAGACCAUGCUCACAACGAAAACCGAGCUGCCGACAUUGAACGCCACAAGUCUGACAGCGUCGAGAAAGCCAAGACCGGUCGAGGAGAAUGGAAGCCCGAGCUCGCCUCGCAGAGCGAGCAAGCCACCCGCGGUGACAAACACAACAUGACGAUGGAACAGAUGCAGAAGAUGACCAAGGAGAAGGCCGAGCAGGACGGGAAGCAAAAGUAA